AUGGAUUACCAGAACUUCCAGAUGAAUCCGGACUACUACCCGAUCAGUCAGUCCUGGGACGAAAGUCUUGGCAUGGUCGUGCCCAAUUACACCGAAGACAUUGAUUGGAUGAGUGAGGGUGUCCAAAAUCAACUGACCGAGAUGGCUUCCAACCUGUCUCAUUCGAUCUCCCCACAAGAUUCGUACGGAACUGUCACCUCUGGUGUCGUCCAAGGCGCCGGAGUAUCCGCCAUUGAAUCAGGCCUGGCAGGGGGUAUGGACGCCAGCAACAGCGGCGGAUAUCACUUCCAAGAGCAAAUGUCAUAUUCAAAUGGCCCUGCUCUUCCCCCCGCUCCUAUUCCUGUCCCCCUUGGGCCCUUCUUCGCGCCCGAAGCUCCCGCCACCGGCAGCGUAUUCGCUCCGGAAUUCGACGAGGAUGUCAGCAGUAACAACAACUUCCCCGACGACAAUAUGGCGGGCAGCACCAUUUCCAACCCGGCCUACUACUUGCAUUUCGGCGGCAACUCUACCCCCGUCGAUGACACGGAGGCCGGCAGCAGCCCUUUUCUCGCUGCCGAGGACUACAGCUCUCCCUCAGUCGACGACAAUGUCGUCAGGGACGUCCUCGGCCCAAACAAUCAGGACGCAAGAGUCCAGAAGAGAGGCAAGGGCAAGGGCAAAGCCAAAGCCCCGCGCAGGGCAAAGGAGACCACGCCAGACAGGCCCGCUCGCGCCGUCAGGGCCUUCUCCUGCAAGUCGUGCCGCAGGAAGAAGACAAAGUGCGACGGAAGCCCCGGCCACGCCUGUUCCAAGUGCCAAAAGGGCGGAACGGCGUGCGAGAUUGACGGGAAAGAUGGCCGCACCAACAAAACCAUCCUCGACAAGUACGAGAGCCUUCGCGUUGCCCUCAACGCCCAUCUCGUCAGGGUGGCCCAGAUCUGCCACUACUUUUGCGGGUACACUUCUGAGCCCCAAGAUCGUUGUCUAGUCGCGGCUGGAGCCGCUAAAACCCUUGAGGUGUUCCGCAUGAGGGGCAUCACGAUCGAGCCCUGGCGACUUCAGGAUAUCUUGUGGGUGAAAGACUUCGAGACGCACCAGCUUCCGGAACACCGAACUCGCUUGGGUGAAAUCGGCAAGCUGGUCAAGGAAAAGACGAUGAUCCUGGCCAAGAUCAUAGAGAUGGUCACGAAAGGGGAUUCCAACCUCUGGGAUCAUGGCCGCAGGUUGAUCCAUGGACUAUUCGACCGCAAUACAGCCCUCGAGGUUCUCGACAAAGAGAUCAAGGCUGUGUUCAUUACGGACAAGCAAGACUUUGUCUACAAGGUCCUGGCAAAUGAGGUCGAUGAGAUCAUUGCCCAACACCUCUAA